AUGAGUACCGAAAAUCACUCAAACUUGUACUUUGGCGUUAAAAAGUUCAUCAAGCAAGAAUCUAAUGCAUCAUUUAUUUCUGGAGGCAUUGCAGGUGCCGUUUCCAGGACAGUAGUCUCUCCAUUUGAACGCGCAAAGAUUUUACUUCAACUUCAAGGACCAGGAAGUAAACAUGCAUAUAAUGGGAUGUUUCGAACUAUAUUCAAGAUGUAUGCAGAUGAAGGAUGGAAGGGAUUAUUUAGAGGGAAUUUAUUAAAUUGUAUACGUAUUUUCCCAUAUAGUGCGGUACAAUAUUCUGUGUUUGAAAAAUGUAAAGAAGUUUUAAGAGCUCGAGACCCUGGAAGAAAGGAAAACUAUGCAUACGAAAGACUAAUUGCUGGAUCAAUUGGAGGAAUAGUUUCUGUUGCUGUUACAUACCCGCUUGAUCUUGUACGAGCCCGUAUAACAAUUCAAACGGCUUCGUUAUCAAAAUUAGAUAAGGGAAAGCUUGCUCAAGCCCCUGGAAUCAUGCAAACAAUUAAAGAUGUUUACAAGAAUGAAGGAGGAUUUUGCGGGUUGUAUAGAGGUAUUUCUGCCACAACUUUAGGAGUAGCACCAUAUGUUGCAAUCAAUUUUGCCUUGUAUGAAAAAUUCCGUGAUUAUAUGCAACAAUCAUCAUAUGAUUAUUCAAAUCCUAUAUGGAAACUUUCUGCUGGUGCAUUUUCAUCAUUUAUUGGAGGUGUAUUGAUUUAUCCACUUGAUGUUUUAAGAAAAAGAUAUCAGGUUGCAAAUAUGGCAGGUGGAGAAUUAGGAUUCCAAUAUAAAUCUGUUCUGCAAGCUCUUGUUUCAAUAUUUAAAAAUGAAGGCUUCUUUGGGGCAUACAAGGGAUUAACUGCAAAUUUAUAUAAAAUUGUACCAUCUAUGGCUGUCAGUUGGUUAUGUUACGAUACUUUAAAAGAGAAAAUAGACAAGUGGUAG